GUGGGGACCCGGCCAAGUAUUCAUUCUAUAAAUGCAGGAUUGUUUGCCUUGUCAGGGACUGCUUUGAAAAAUUGCCACAAUCUGAUUUGAUUCCCCUGCCCCAAGCCAAGUGCUGCUCCUGGAAGGUGCUCUGGUCGCUGAGGAUGGUGUUGUGGUGCCUGGCCGCUCUGGCCGCCUGCCUGGUCUCCGUGCUCCUGCUCCUCGCCAUCUCCCAGCAGCUCUGGCAGUUGCGCUGGGCGGCUACUCGGGACAAGUCCUGCAAACUGCCCAUGCCCAAGGGCUCUAUGGGAUUUCCACUGGUGGGCGAAACUUUCCACUGGAUCUUACAGGGUUCCAACUUCCAGUCCUCCAGAAGAGAAAAAUAUGGCAGCGUCUUCAAGACUCACUUGCUGGGUCGUCCGCUCAUCAGGGUGACAGGAGCUGAAAAUGUAAGGAAGAUCCUGAUGGGGGAGCACCACCUGGUCAGUGCGGAGUGGCCCCGCAGCACACGCAUGUUACUGGGGCCCAACAGCCUGACAAAUUCCAUUGGAGACAUCCACCGACACAAGAGAAAGGUCUUCUCGAAAAUAUUCAGCCAUGAGGCUUUGGAGACCUACCUGCCGAAAAUACAGUUGGUUAUCCAAGACACCCUGAGGGUAUGGAGCAGUCAUCCUGGGUCUAUCAAUGUCUACUGUGAGGCACAAAAGUUGACUUUCCGCAUGGCCAUCCGAGUCCUGCUAGGAUUCCGACUCUCCGAUGAAGAACUCAACCAUUUGUUCCUGGUAUUUCAACAGUUUGUUGAGAAUGUGUUCUCAUUGCCAGUGGAUGUGCCAUUCAGUGGCUACCGACGGGGUAUUCGAGCGCGAGAGACUCUACUAAAGGGCCUGGAGAAAGCUAUCCAGGAGAAAUUGCAGAACACUCAAGGGAAAGAUUAUACUGAUGCCUUAGAUGUUUUGAUCGAGAGCGGGAAAGAGCAUGGCAACGAGUUGACUAUGCAAGAGCUGAAGGAUGCUACCUUGGAAUUGAUAUUUGCAGCUUACGCCACCACGGCAAGUGCCAGUACCUCACUUAUUAUGCAACUUCUUAAGCAUCCAGCAGUCUUGGAGAAGCUGAAAGAGGAGCUUAGAGGGAAUGGGAUCCUCCAUAACGGCUGCAUCUGUGAGGGAGCCUUACGCGUGGAUACCAUCAGCAGUCUGCGUUACCUUGACUGCGUCAUUAAGGAGCUUCUGAGGCUCUUCACCCCCAUCUCAGGGGGCUAUCGAACUGUGCUGCAAACCUUUGAGUUGGAUGGCUUCCAAAUUCCAAAAGGAUGGAGCGUUUUGUAUAGCAUCAGAGACACGCACGACACAGCUCCAGUCUUCAAGGAUGUUGACGUCUUUGACCCCGAUCGCUUUGGACAAGAUCGUACGGAAGACAAAGAUGGCAGGUUCCACUAUUUGCCAUUUGGUGGUGGAGUAAGGAACUGCUUGGGCAAACAGUUGGCCAAACUUUUCUUGAAGACCCUGGCAAUUGAAUUGGCCAGCAUGAGCAGGUUUGAACUGGCAACCAGAACUUUCCCAAAAAUCAUGCCAGUCCCUGUGGUUCAUCCAGCUGGCGAACUAAAAGUCAGAUUUUAUGGACUUGAUUCCAACCAAAAUGAAAUUGUGACGGAAACAGAAGCCAUGUUGGGAGCAACAGUGUAGCCUUCAAUAUCUCAAUUUCAAGAAUGAAAAGUGGGAAAUAAGCACAAGAUCAACAACCAGAGCUACACAGUAAUGACCAAGAAAAAUAUAUCCAUAUACUAACUUAAGUAUACCGAGCCACCAAACCAUGAAUAUAUCUCUGUGGAAUGCUUAACUUAAAUAUAGUAACAUAUAUACUUUAAGUGACAAAAAUGGAUCCAUGUCCUGUAUUUAUGAAUCCUGCUGCAGAGAAGGACACUCAGAGAACACCAGCUGGAGAUUGACCUGAUAAAUGGAUUAUUGCGAAGCUGGUUGUUCUCAUUAUUGAGGGAUUCUUGGAUGGUCUUCAGCUGUUUACAAGACCAUCCUUUAAAGUUGCAUUUUCAUCUUUAUUCCAAAAGCUUGUUUCAGUGUUACACACAUCAGGGAUACCAGGGUUUUCCUACUGUUGUUUCUAGACCUGCCUUAUUAUAUUGUCUAUGUGAAAAAAGAGGAGCUUUUUGACUAAAGCUUGUUGUGACGGGUCAACACAUUGGGUAUUCUGUAGUGAUAGAAUGCUAGCAGUUUACAUUACAACCAUGGUGGUCAAGAUCUUGAAUGCAGGACCCAGCAAAAUCACUGGAAGCACAGAAUGUUCUUUCCAAUAAGAUGAAGCUAAAGGUGGACACCACUGAUAGGUCUUCUCCCCGUCCCAUUAUAGCACUUUGGUGAUGAACAUGGUUGGGCCAAGUGGUCUUCAGUCUACUCUUAGCAUGACUUUUGCAAUAUCACCCAUCAUAAUAGUUCAGAUGGGAGAACUUCAGAAGUUCCAUGCUGUUGGGAGUGAUAAAGAAGUAUAAAUACAUCCAGCACACGAGGAUUGGAGAAAAAUCUUAAGAUCUCUAGAUUUAGAAACCAGUGCCUUAACUGAACAAGGUCUUAUUUACUUGCUUUGCUGGGAGGGCGUAUCUUGCAACAUAGAGAAGUCCACCAGUCUAAAACAGGACCCUGUGAUCUGUUUAUCUUACAGUACCUCUACGACAUUCCUGUUUCUGGUAGUUCAGUGGCCUUUCCUUCAAGUCUAGGUUCAUAUCUUUGUUGGAGGCUAAGUUCAAAGCCUCUGUCACAGAUUCAGUAAUAUACUUAUGACAAAAAAUGUUAAGCAGAUGGACACCAUAAUGCAAGCUAGUAGCUGUUUUUUUUAAGUGUGAGCACCAAGGUACCCACCAUAUAAUAUAUGUGUCACAGCUUCAAUUCCAGCUUUCUGCUGCUGUGAUGGAACAGAAAAGCAUAAUUCAUGGUACAGAUAUGAACCUAGUCUUAUACACAUAUUUUCCAAGAUCAUUUUUGCUGGGGGUUUCAUCCAUGGACCAAGCUGCGAAUACAUCACUUGGCCUUACAUGCACACGCCCUUUGUUUUAAACAAGUAUUUUAGUCAUAACAGGGGAUCCAUAGCUAAUAUGUUUGCCAGAUUAUUUACAUUUUGUAUGGUCUAAGCUGUCACAACAAUGUUCUUAACCCAAAUUUCCAUAAUUUUAAUUCAUUAAAAUACAAAUUCAAUGACCAAGUUACCAGUGACAGUCUUCUCAAAAAUGUUAAAAACAUUUCUUUUAACGGGGCAAAGACUUUAGCAUUUCCAUGGUUACUUCUUAAGAUCAGAGAAUUAAGCAUUUUUAUAAAAAGUCAAUUUAUAUAAACGUGGAUAUUUGGUUAUAAGUAAGCUAGAUAAAUCUCAUAUUCAUGGUGUUGAGGUUAGACAGAAAAUAGUAGUCACUGGAGUGCAACCUUUAUGCUACCCUGUGUAUUAUUUAUAUACUAUUUAUUCACACUAUAAAAGCUGGAGGGGUUAUACUUGUCCGUCCCAAUGGCUUUCAGUUAUGUACAGAAAUAGUCCCUCUCUUUAGCCAUCUGCAUGUUCCAAAGAGAAAUUGCCUACAACCUGACCACUCAUUCCCAUUGCUGUCAAAUACCAAAUUCCAUCCACCUUCGUUGAUUAAAUACUAGCUGACCAUGAAAAUGCUCCCUAAAGGCCGAGAUAAAAUUAACAGCAAUUCUUUUGUCCAAAAUUUGACCCAAAAUGUUUUGCAACCAAUUGUUAUUGGCAUCUGCUGUGGUGAUCUCCAUUGUUGAGUGAAGUUUGUUGGCCACCAGAGGAAGUCUUUCUGGGGUCCCUACUACAAGCAUCAAGAACCAAGUGCCAAUUUAACUUAUUAACAUGGUUUAGACUCCACGGUCACAGGGACUCCUCGGCUAUCCAUCAAAUGGCCUAGAAACGUGAUAGACCAGACGGUGGCUGCUGGACCUCAUGGACUUAUCACUUAUCAUGUUGGGCAAGUCAAGGCCAGGACUGGAUUGGCCCAAAAGAAGAUUGAAAUAUUCUCUGGGGGACCCAACAGGUGACACGAUGAUAAAGUCAGAUGUUGGAUCUUCCAGUCUUCUGUUGGAACAAUCCAGUCCUAGUCUUGUCAUCAACAAUUAUUGCAACAUGUUUGAGUUGGGGCUUGGUUUGGAUUAGUUUUUGUUCGGUGAACUUACUCAUGAGGGACUAUAUUGUGAAUUUCUAACUAUAUAAGUACACAUGUUCCAUAUAUGUCUACGUUGAUGUACAUCUACAUGUAUCGGCAUAAUUUACCUACCUAUGUAGUUUUAUAUGAUAUAGAAUUAUAUAAAGACCAGUUUUGAUGCCCUUUUCAUUAUUCUACACCUCAGUUCACUGCCGCCAUUCAUACUGUGCCACAAUAUAAUGGACUUCUGAGGCUUCUCCAAAAACACCCUUUCUUGUCCUUCAAGUCAACCCGAGAGUUCAUCCAUUCAUCAGUGGUCCUGCAAUAGAUUUGCAGAUUAAGCACUUUGAAUAUCAGAUUUUAUUUCACUUGUGCAGUCCGAUGGACUAAUUCACUAGGAUAUUUUCAAUGCAUCAUUCACUGACACCCACCCCAUUAUAAGCGCCAUUUUUGUUCUAUGCCAGAUAGAUGUUUAGUAUAAGGUUUUUCCGCCCCUCCUGUUGUUAUAUAAUUGUUAUUUUAGUAACGUAUGGUUUGCCCUGUAUUUGUACACAUGGUUCAGAUAUUAAUAUGUUUAUAUAGCUGUCAUUUUUAAUAUUAAAAGAAGCACUUGUGUUUAUUUUAUUAUUUUUAUUAUUAUUGUUUUUUUUUUGUUAUUAUAAAUUGAUGCCCAAUGAACGUGUCUCUCGUUUUAUGUUGUGUUUUUUUCUGGUGUAUGUAUAUAAUAUUAUGUGUCAUAUAUUAAAAUUUAAUGUUGUGUAUUUUUUGUGAUCUUAAAAUAAUCAGUACAACAAUUUUAUAGAGUUCAGUAAUAAAAAGACAAAAAUGAAUGCAAA